AAACAAGACAAAAUCAAUGCUGUUUUUUCCUUGUCGCGCAAAAUUGAUCUGACUGGGACUUUACAUGCUGUAUUGGUGUGCUAAGUUGCGUAACUUUACUGUGGUAUGUUUACAUUUUUGAUUAACAUUUGAAAGAGAUAAGCGAAGCUACUUAUACAGGAAAUUCUGAAGUUGGAUCAAUAUUGCUUCGCACGUUUACCAUGUGUCGCUGGGGUUGCCGUGAAAAUGAUAUGGUGGGUAAAUACAUUUGUAGCAAUGCGAAGUUAUUACUCGGCUCUGCCUGUUUACUUCGGAACGUUUAGAAGUUUUGAGAGUUUAGAAAAUUCCAGAGCAAGAUUGAUUUAAUUUGUAAUAAAUAACAUGCGUUUACGUAAGUUACAAAAGGUAAACAUGUUGCAGAUAUACUGAGAUCGUCAAGAAGCCUCGGGGAUUAAAACGAAAAUAAGAGCUGAGCGCAAGAACGAGUUGGGGGGCCAUAAACAGAAGUUAUCCUUCUCCAAUCAGCUCCUAUUCCCACUCAUAGGGAAGUAAAAAUGUAGCGCGCGCGUAACACGCAGGCCCGGUUUACCUUAACCACAAGCCUUGCAAACCGCUCAUUGUUUGCUAUUGACGAGAGAAUUUUCUCGUUUUAUUCAAGAUAUUUAAAUGCAAGUUUUGCGGAACGAAUUAUUGUAAGGCAUGUGGAAGGGGAGAUUUUCAUGGUGUUAUGACCGCUACGUCAGUUUGCAGAGUUUGUUUCCAGGUAUGUUUAAUUAACUUGUAAGAAAUGUAUACGAAAUGAACAAAAAAAUUUAGAAGCUUCUUGUUCCACGCUUAUAUUAAACUUGGAGAAAAAUAAUCAUUUACGGCCGCUUAUUCCGAUUACGAGACAGUUUCACAACAGAGACGGGUAGUUCACUCAAAUUUGUAAAAGCCAAGGCAUUCCUCAGAUAUCAUUAUCGGCUACCUCUUUCGAGCCGAUUUACCAAAUGUUAUCUCAGGGAUAAUCUUCUAAUUUAGAAAAACGUUUGCCUUAAUCUAAAGGCAAACAAUGCAGACGCGAGACGAGUAUCACUCACUCAGUACUAUAAAUUAGGGCAACGAUGCGUGCGGUCAGUGAAACGUGUCGGAGAGGGUGUAGGGAAAACUGAAUUUUAAGGUCCCCCCCCCGCUUCAAAAAGCGCUUGUGUCUCUCUGAGGAAGGGGGGGGAGUAUUUCUAGAGUCUCCAUGUUCUUAUAAGAAAUUCUUCUGAGAAGCUACAUUUCUUUUGAUUUCAGCCCAAAUGCCAAGGAGAAAAGGUUGGAAAUACUCGGGAAAAAUCAACCAAGAAAGAAAUGAAGAAGAAGACAACAGUCAAGACAAAUUCCUCCCAGUCCAAGAAAUAA